GCCACAACCAUCAGCACCGCAGCAGCCACCUCACAAAGACAAGUCAACCUCACCGAGGAGAAGCAGAGAGAAGGGAGAAGAUGUCGGGGCGCGGCAAGGGAGGCAAGGGGCUCGGCAAGGGCGGCGCCAAGCGCCAUCGGAAGGUGCUCCGGGACAACAUCCAGGGCAUCACCAAGCCGGCGAUUCGACGUCUGGCACGUCGGGGCGGCGUGAAGCGCAUCUCGGGGCUCAUCUACGAGGAGACCCGCGGCGUGCUCAAGAUCUUCCUCGAGAACGUCAUCCGCGACGCCGUCACCUACACCGAGCACGCCCGCCGCAAGACUGUCACUGCCAUGGACGUCGUCUACGCACUCAAGCGCCAGGGACGCACCCUCUAUGGAUUCGGAGGCUAGGCUCCGGCGAGGCGAAUCCAGCUCGCACCUGCUGAUCAGAUAUUCAGAUUAGCAGUAGCUAGGCGUUGUUCAGUGUUCAUGGUGAUCGAUGUAAUUUAUGAUGUAUGGUGCCUGUUCGUUGGAAUGGAUAAAUCGCUGUUAUUUACCCUUAA